AUGCCUCCUCGCAACGCUCCCGAUCCUGUUCUUGAUAACUCUUCUCCCUACUUCGUUCAUCCUGGUGAUGGACCUAGUUCUGUGGUAGUUACGCCACUUCUCACCGGUUCUAACUACCAGUCUUGGGCGUGUUCGAUGAAACGUGCGUUAGGAGCUAAGAUGAAGCUCGAGUUUUUUGAUGGUUCUCUUCCUAUGCCUGAAGAUGACUUUUAUCCUGCGUUUCUUGUUUUUCUUGAAAACGCCAUUGACAUUUGGAACGAUCUUCGUGAACGCUUCUCUCAAGGUGACUUGAUUCGAAUUUCUGAAUUGCAACAAGAAAUUCAUGCUUUGAAGCAAGAAAAUCGUUUUGUUAUUGAUUUCUACUCUGAUCUCAGAGUUCUUUGGGAAGAAUUGGAGCUGUAUCUUCCUUUUCCUACUUGUACUUGUCGCCAACGAUGUGCUUGUGAGGCUAUGCGUUCUGCACACAGGAAUCACACUCUUCUUCAAACAAUUCGUUUCAUUACGGGUUUGAAUGACAAUUUCUCAACUGUGAAGUCACAGAUCUUGCUCAUUGAUCCUCUUCCUUCAAUCAACAAAGUUUUUCAUAUGGUGAUUCAGCAUGAACGCCAAGGUAAUUUCUCUGAGCCUGAUGAAUCUAAGAUUCUUGUCAAUGCAGCUAAGUCAAAUAAAGCUGCUUCUGGUUCCAAGCCUCCUCGUAAUUGCACUUAUUGUGGUAAGGAUAAUCACUUUGUUGAGAAUUGCUUCAAGAAGAAUGGUGUUCCUCCACAUAUGAAGAAGUUUGCAUCUGCUAAUGCUGCAACUGAGGGAGUGAUCGUGUAUCAGGGAGCCUCCUCUGAGCCAAUUGCAGCUGCUCCUCCUUCAAUGUCUCAAGAGCAGUAUGAUAAGCUAAUGUCACUGCUUCAGAAUUCUAAUCUUGCUUCUACUUCUGCCUCUGCAAGUUCAGUUAAGGUUGGUUCUUCUAUGGUCACUGAUCAUACAUCAGUGAUUCACAAAGGUAUAUCUCAUUCCCUUCAUAAUGCAUGUGUUCUUGGUACUUGGAUCAUUGAUUUAGGUGCUAGUCACCACAUAUGCAGUUCUUUAUCUUGGUUUCAAUCAUACAUUGAAAUUAAUCCUAUCAAUAUUACUCUUCCAAAUGGUAAUUUUGCUAUUGCAAAACUUUUUGGUACUGUUCAGUUUUCACCACAAUUUGUCAUUACUAAUGUUCUAUUUGUUCCAAAUUUUUCCAUUAAUUUGAUUGCAGUUUCAAAAUUGUGUCAGUCACCUCACUAUAUAGUCAAUUUUACUAAUUCACACUGUAUUAUUCAUGACAAGAAGAAUUUGAAGAUGAUUGGUUCAGCUGAUGAACAUGAUGGAUUGUAUCAUCUCAAGCUUACAAAUAAAGUAGCUCAUGUGGCAUCCAUUGAUGGAUCUAACCACAAAUCUAUCCCUAAGUCAGCUCUUUGGCAUUUCAGAUUAGGACACCCUUCCCACCUUAGAUUAGCUAGCUUGCACAAUAAAUUUCCCUAUGUAAUAGCAGAUCCAAAUGGAAUAUGUGACAUUUGUCACCUUGCUAAGCACAAAAAACUUCCCUAUGUAAUACCACUUUGA